GCCCGUUAACAAAUGCAGACACUCUUUUUUAAUAAUCCUGUGAAAUGAUAACUUCACACUCGUAAGAAUGUAUUGUACGGAGUUUUUCCUGUCUAACAAUUUCGCUGUUUAAUAUAUUUUUCUUUCGGUCGUUUUCAUAACAACAACAACAUGGAUGAAUUGGACGAGCAUUUAAGGCAGUUGAGCUUGAUUAAUGAACAAAUCAAUCGGAAUGGAAGUUGCGGUGAAGAGAAGAAGACUGGACAGAUGACUACACUGCCUCCAAGUGCUUGCUCACCGGAUCUAUUUUCAAUAGCUAAUUUGACAAGGAAAGAUCCUGCGUCAGCAAGCAACAAUGUGAACAAAAAAGUCGGCCCUUUAGUACCGCCCAAACCGCAAAAAAAACAACUUGCGCCAGAGGUCCCUCAAAGUAGUCUAGUGAAACAAACGUGUGAACCACUUUACUCGCAACGAUUACAAAAUCUGGAUAGCAGCAAUAAUUCAAGGAACGAUGGUUAUCUUUAUAACUUGAAGAACGAUAGUAGAGAUUGCGAUGAUAUUUCGAAUAGUAUUAAAGCGUCUAUGCUUUUGCGUAAACAGCCGAUACAGUCCACGCAAAGUCUUAACAACAAAUUGGCAGUGACUUUAGAUAACCCAAUUGUAUUGGAGCAACAAUUGGAAGCAUUAGCGCAUCAUAAAAAACAGCUGGAAAAACGUGGUAAAUUACUGUCCAAUCCAGUAGCAGCCGUGCAGCCUUCAUUAUCUGGCAUCCCAAAAUUAUCCUCCACUUCUUUGCUUGCUUUUAAGCAUAAUGAACUAUAUGGUACAGAAAAUUUACAGGCCAAUUGUGCGAACAUGGAAACAGAAGUCUCGCGUGAUGCCAACGUUUACAUUAAUGUGCUACCAAAUCGUCAGUCUACCGUUCAUAAGCUCGCCUCACCCAAGCAAAGCAUCACCAAUCUUUUAUAUGAAAAAAGCAGUUUAGCAGGUGAAACAUCGCCGUCGCCACUGAUCGAUGUGGGUCGGAAUGAAGCUAAAGAUUUUUUCAAUGUUCCAGACGAAGAGGUUUUAUCACCACCUAGUCCUGUCAGUUCAUCUUACAGCGAGUUAAGAAGGGCUACAGACGUAUUUAAGAUAAACAAUAGUUCUGACUCCAAUCAGCCAUGCAACACGAAAGAGUCGUCCGAUGUAGCUAAACCAGUGCCCAGCUAUGGACAACAUACCGUUUCAAAGUAUGCAACUGCUGCAAAUGAGAAAUUAAAAGCUGCCGAAAAUCAUCAAUUUUAUGUAAAUAAAGUCUAUAACAAUGAUUUCAAAGAUUAUAAUCCAAUGUCACAGCAGAGUAACAAGCGGAACGUGUCUGAUUAUUACGGGUACGGCGGUUUUUCCCAGAGUUCCUCUACUUAUGAAUCGAUUUAUGAACCGAUUAAUCCUCGGCCACCUAGCCAAUCAUCGACGCGUUCAAAUAAUUACGCAAUGUAUGCACCGUGCGUUAAGAACAAUAGCAUGACUCCAAUGCCCGAGGGUGGCGGAACUUUAGCCAAUAGCAGCACUAGCAAUCUACUUUCUUUCGAUAGAACUUGUGAAGCGAACACACCGAUUUAUGUCAACAACGAUGCAACUAUGAUGCAGCAAACUUUAAAUUUUAAAAAUCCCAAGGAAGGCGAGGUGGAGACGUUAACUGAUUUUUUGACAGAAUCAAUGGAUUCAAGCGGUGACAUCGAAGGUUACGGAAUUUGCUUUAAAUGCAAUGAACGCGUGGUUGGCGAGAAUUCUGGUUGCACAGCUAUGGAUCAAAUUUAUCACAUAGCUUGCUUCACCUGUUCACAGUGUCAAAUCAAUCUUCAAGGCAAAGCAUUUUAUGCCUUGGAAGACAAACCUUAUUGCGAAUAUGAUUAUUUGCAAACGCUAGAAAAGUGCUCUGUGUGCAUGAAACCAAUUUUGGAACGCAUACUACGAGCUACUGGUAAGCCCUAUCACCCGCAAUGUUUUACUUGCGUUGUAUGCAGGAAAAGUUUGGAUGGCAUACCAUUUACAGUCGACGCAACCAAUCAAAAUUACUGCAUUGAAGAUUUCCACAAAAAAUUUGCGCCGCGCUGCUGUGUAUGUAAAAAUCCUAUUAUGCCGGAGCCUGGCGAGGAAGAAACUGUAAGAGUCGUUGCAUUAGAUCGCAGCUUUCACUUCGAGUGCUACAAAUGCGAAGAUUGUGGACUAUUAUUAUCGUCAGAAGCCGAAGGACGUGGAUGUUAUCCUUUAGAUGAUCAUGUUUUAUGCAAGAGUUGCAAUGCUAAACGUGUCCAAAUGCUUACCAAUCGUAUGACCACUGACCUUUAAACAACUUAAUGGAUCUCACUUGCA